UUUUAUACCGUUUCCCCAAUUUCUCAAUAUAUUUUGGGCUCCGAUCACGCAUCCACCAAACAAUCGCACCACGAAACAGUAAGCCUCACGAUACUUUGAGGGCGCAGGUUCGGUGUUGGAGCGAGCUUGCAAGUUGCAUAUCAAGAGGAAUACAAACACCAUGGCGAGCUCACUGUUUUCGCAGAAGAACAUCCAGGUUGUCUACAUUCCUUCCGUCCUUCUGAUUGUCGGAGUCGCCAUCGUCAAGAAGGAAUGGCUUCCCUAUGCGGCUGCUCUCGCUGCAGUGCUUGGUGGUUAUACACUGUUCGCGUCCGGUGAACCGGCGGCGCGAAAGGUCCUCAAACCAGAUGCCUUCCAGGAGUUCCCUCUCACCGACAUCAAGCAUACGUCACACAAUGUCGCCAUCUAUAGAUUUGGUCUACCUAAACCCACCGACAUUAUCGGUCUGCCAAUCGGCCAACACAUGUCACUGGCAGCGACGCCCAAGGGAGCGGAAAAAGAGGUGGUGCGAUCAUACACUCCCAUCUCUUCGGACGAAGACAAGGGUUUCUUCGAGCUUUUGAUCAAAGCGUAUCCUCAAGGAAACAUCAGUGCGCACAUGACCACCCUGAAGGUCGGAGACACAAUGAAAGUGCGUGGUCCCAAGGGAGCCAUGGUAUACACCCCCAACCUUUGCAAGCGCAUUGGUAUGAUAGCUGGUGGUACCGGUAUCACUCCCAUGCUGCAGAUCAUCCGAGCAAUCAACCGUGGCAGACCUAGGAACGGUGGCAAUGACACCACCAAAGUUGACCUCAUUUUCGCCAAUGUCAACCCCGACGAUAUCCUGCUCCAGGAACAGCUUGAUGCUCUGGACAAAGAGGAUUCGGACUUCAGCGUCUACUACGUGCUGAACAAUCCACCCGAGGGCUGGACCGGUGGUGUGGGAUUUGUGACACCUGAUAUGAUCAAAGAAAGACUACCUCCUCCAGCACCCGACAUGAAGAUCUUGCUAUGUGGCCCUCCACCCAUGGUCAGCGCAAUGAAGAAAGCCACAGAAGCUCUCGGCUACCAGAAAGCCAGGCCAGUCAGCAAGUUGGAGGAUCAAGUUUUCGCCUUCUAGACAUGGGACGAGAAUGGAUGUUGCGGAAGAGCACCUUGUAUGCAAACUGGCGGCGUCCCAUAAAGUACCAAAAAGGAGCUGGUAUAGAUUGAUAUGAGGUCAAGAAUGAAAUUUAUUGAAGAACCAAAUUUCUGGAGUGGUCAUGUCCCUGGAUCGUAAUCAGCAGAACAAGGCUGCAGCCUUCCAGGGUCCGUGUGGCUGUGCUGUGCACAGGU